AUGGAGAAGGAAAGCUUCCUAAAGAACUCAAGGGUCUAUAUCCUCACCUCCGUGGCCUAUCUAGGCUCGUUGCUCUUUGGAUAUGACACUGGAGUGAUGGGAUCGGUCUUGGCCCUGGAUAGCUUCAAACGAGACUUUGGCCUUCCCCUCGGUAAAGGCGGAUUCGCCUCCGACAAAAAUGCUCAGGUAUCAUCCAACGUCGUCAGUCUUUUGACCGCAGGAUGUUUCUUCGGUGCCAUUGCAGCUGCUUAUAUCAAUGACCGUCUCGGUCGGAGAUACUCUCUGAUGAUCUUCACCGUGGUCUUUCUGGUGGGAGCCGCUAUUCAAGUCGGUGCUCACCACGAGAUCGGGAUGAUCUACGGUGGACGUGUGAUUGCCGGUCUGGGUAUUGGUGGUAUGUCGAGUAUCACUCCCGUUUUUGUCAGUGAAAACGCCCCUGCCAAGUACCGUGGUCGUAUUGCCGGCCUGUUCCAAGAGUUCCUCGUCAUUGGAAGUACCUUCGCCUACUGGCUGGGUUACGGGGUCGCCCUGCGUAUGCCCUCCAACACGAAACAAUGGCGCGUGCCAGUCUCGAUCCAGCUGAUUCCCGGUGGUCUCAUGUUGAUCGGUCUGGUAUUCCUCAAGGAAUCUGCCCGUUGGCUGAUGAAGCAAGACCGCCGGGAGGAGGCAAUUCGAUCCUUGGCUUACAUUCGAAAUGCGGCCCCGGACAGCGAGGAGGUUCAGGCCGAGAUUGCCGAAAUCCAUGCUGCCAUUGAAGAAGAGACUGCCAUGACUGAGGGGGUUACCUGGAAGGAAUGUCUGCAGAAGAGCAACCGAUACCGGUUCUUGGUCGCCUUCUGCCUCAUGUUCUGCCAGCAAUUCUCCGGAACCAACAGUAUUGGCUAUUACGCCCCGCAAAUCUUCCAGUCCAUCGGCAUCAGCAGCUCCAACUCCUCGCUGUUUGCAACCGGUAUCUAUGGAACGGUGAAGGUCGUGGCCACCGGCAUCUUCUUGAUUAUCGGUAUUGAUCGCUGGGGCCGUAAGAAUAGUCUGAUGGGAGGAGCCGCAUGGAUGGCUGCCAUGAUGUUUAUCAUCGGCGCCGUCUUGGCUACCCAUCCUCCUGACCCCAAGGCAACGGCGGUGUCUAAAGCAUCGACCGCCAUGGUUGCCAUGAUCUACCUUUACGUGAUUGGCUAUUCAUUCUCCUGGGGACCAACUCCCUGGGUGUAUCUUGGCGAGAUUUUCCCUACCCGACUUCGCUCCUACGGUGUCGGUCUCGGCGCUGCAACACAGUGGCUGUUCAACUUUGUGAUUACCGAAAUCACCCCCCGUGCCAUCAACAGCAUCGGCUGGAAGACCUUCAUCAUGUUCGGUGUCUUCUGCACUGCCAACGGAGUGUUCGUCACAAUCUUCUUGAAGGAAACUAAGGGCAAGACCUUGGAGGAGAUGGACCUGAUCUUUGGCUCUAUCACGGAGGAGCAGCGACGCGCUGAUGUGGAGCAUACCUUGCAUAAAAACGAUGUUCACCACCUGGAGCAUGAAGAACAGGUUCCGGGAUCGCGUGUUUGA